AAUUUUAGACACUUGUGUUUGUUGACAGAGAGAAAGUACAUGUGAAAAUUAAAACAUCUUUUGGAUAUCUUUUAGGGCCCUUGUAACAUCAAAAUGACCGCAGCAGCCGAGGUUAAAGAUCAACAACCUCAGAGUAACACCAGUAACAUCAAAGAUGGGCUGGCUGACAGGAAAAUAAUUGCGGAAAAAGUGACUGGAGUCGUGAAAUGGUUCAAUGUUCGAAAUGGCUACGGAUUCAUUAAUAGAGACGAUACCCAGGAAGAUAUUUUUAUUCAUCAAACUGCAAUUGUUAAAAACAACCCGCAGAAGUUUUUUCGAAGUGUUGGCGACGGUGAGAAGGUUGAAUUUGACGUGGUUGUUGGUCUCAAAGGCAAUGAAGCGGCAAAUGUGACAGGGCCAUCUGGUGAACCGGUUCAAGGAAGCAUCUACGCACCCGACAGAUCUCGGAACUUCGGGGGCCGGGGAUUCAGAGGCAGAGGAAGAGGACGUGGGGGGUCGAGAUUUUUCAACCGUACUCGAAGAGUAACAAACGAGAGUAGUGGCGCAGAAGGCGAAGAGAAAGGGGCCGGCGAUGAGAGAAGUUUCAGGGGGCGAGGGAGGGGAUUCAGGGGUGGAGGAUUUCCGCGCGGUGGGUUCAGGGGCGGGCCUCCUGGUCCCAUGCGGGGAAUGAGAGGCAUGCCUCCCCCGUUCCGAGGGGGAUACGGGCCGCCGAUGCAGCCUCCGCCGAGGUACUUCCGCGAAGACAUGAUGUUCGGUGGAUAUAAUCCAAUGAUGCCUCCAAGAGGUGGACAGCCGUUCAGAGGUGGCUUCCGCGGGGGACCCAUGCCCCCACCCCCACCCAGGGGUAUGUUCAGAGGGGGACCCAGUCGGGGAUUCUUCAGGGGACCACCCCCUCCGCCCUCGUUUUUCGAGGGACCGCCUGCAUUCUAUGCCGGACCACCUCCCCCAAGGGGAUUUCUGAGAGGCGGUGGAAGGGGCAGAGGCUUCCGCGGAGGUCGAGGGGGGUUCAGGAGGGGUCAGUCUGGAUCGGAUGGGGCAGAUGACCUCUAGGAGGAAAGAGAACUGGAGGAAAAACAACCUGUAGUCGAAGAAAAGUUAAAGAAAUGAUGGUCACCGAAAAAAAAUACUUUAGUUCAAAUUUCAACAGCAAAGACUAAAACGUUUAAAAGCUUAAAUUAAAUACACUAUAACCGUUACUGCUAUUAUAUCUUAAACAUCUUUCACUGAGUUGGAGUUAAAAGCAUCUCUCUUUAAAGUACUGAAAGUUCGAGCAGUUUUUUUGUUUAAAUCCCUAUAAAUCUUUGCUACGAAUGUUUAUUUCACUGGAAUUCGUGUUAUUUCUCUGCGCCUCUGUUCUGGAUAAUCAUUUUGAAUUCGAAUUUCAGAAGUUUGAGUCUCAAUUGAAUUGAGAAUAAAAUAGAGUUAAGGUGAAGAAAAGUGUUAUUAAAGUGGCGAUACCAAUACAAAUACGUGCAGCAUAGGUUUGUAAGAUUGAGUUGUUGUUAAUGUUGUCGAAAUCAUAACUCCGCCUGCCUCCAGUGCUUUGAGUGUACAGUACGUUACAUCAGUCUUUCAGUGUAGUUAUCCUAACAUGUUGAUUUGAUUUAAUGAUCAAAAAAUACCAUCGUUUCGUUCACAA